AUGUCUGAUUCAGCCACUGACAAGUCAGCUCUCGACAAGUAUGAACAACACUAUUUUUCAUCUUACGACCAUUUUGGCAUCCACGAAGAGAUGUUGAAAGACACAUCACGUACAUUGAGUUAUAGAAAUGCCAUGUACAGGAACAAGGAUGCAUUCAAGGGUAAAAUUGUUCUUGACGUUGGCUGUGGUACUGGUAUUCUUUCCAUGUUUGCCGUUAAAGCUGGUGCCAAGCACGUGUACUCUGUUGACAUGUCAUCUAUAAUCGGCAGGGCUAGAGAAAUUGUCGAUUUGAAUGGAUUCAGUGAUAAAAUUACUUUGUUGCAGGGUAAAUUGGAGGAUAUCAAGUUGCCGGUUGAUUCAGUUGAUAUUAUAAUAUCAGAAUGGAUGGGGUACUUUUUACUUUAUGAAUCCAUGUUGGAUACUGUAUUAUACGCUAGAGAUAAGUAUCUUGUAAAGGGUGGUUUAAUUUUGCCAGACAAGUGUCAGAUGUAUAUUGCGGGUAUCGAGGAUGGCCAAUACAAGGAAGAAAAGAUUCAUUACUGGGAAGACGUCUAUGGCUUUGAUUACUCGCCGUUUAUCAAAACAGCAAUGGAAGAACCAUUGGUUGACACUGUGAAUAAACAAGCGUUGGUGACAAACAGCUUCAAAUUUUUUGAAUUUGAUAUAAAUACUGUCAAAAAGGAGGAACUCUCUUUCAAGAGGAAAUUUGAGUUGUUCACCACCGAGAAUGACAUGUGCCAUGCAUACAUCGUCUACUGGGACGCCAUAUUUCCGGGAAAAGAAAGAGUCACUUUACCAACCGGACCUAUGAACCAGUACACUCAUUGGAAGCAAACAGUAUUUUACAUGGACCAGGUCUUGGACUUGAAGAAAGGUGAUAUCAUUUAUGGUGAAAUUUUUGCACGACCAAGUGCCGUCAACCCUAGAGAGUACGACAUUGAUCUCAAAUGGGAUUUGCAAACCGAAAGUAAUGAUGAAAGUAGAAACCAAAAAGGUGAAUACAAGUACUUCCUCCGUUAG